AUGGCCAAGGUUAUUUUCACCGCGUGGAAGAGCAAGGCUCAAUUACUCGAUGUGCGGACCGAGUUCUAUCCGUCUCCUUCUUACGAUGGGCCCGACCUGCGUUCCCAUGCGUGUGCUAUGGUUGAGGCCUGGAAAUUGCGUGGCAAUGUCCCGCACCACGUCGAAGCCACGGCCCUGUUGACGGAUGCCAUUCUCCACGACGAUGCGCAGACCAACUCGAUAUUUUCGAUUCGGGCGACCUACUCAGCUGCUUUCUGUCGAUUCGUCACCGGCCUCGUAGACACCAAGAUCCCCGGCCAGCGCAAAACAAUGUUCCAGCGCGCUGUGGACCUAGGUCUCCCAGCUUCUUUCGUCGAGCUGCGCCACGAAGCAACGCACCGCGAGCCGCCGUCGCUGGUCGUGCUACGAAAGGCUGCGCAGCGCUCGCUUGAGUGGCUGUGGGACAAUUACUGGGCUGACAUCAAUGACUUGGGCGACAUGCCUUCUGCCACGCGUAGUCAUAGCCACGAUGAUGUUGACCAUGACAGCACAUCUCUCGAAGCGGCCCUGUGUGACCUGCUGCGCCCGUUCUCGACGGGCAAGACCUCGGCUGAGCCGGUCCGGAAGAAGCGAAAACGGGACCAGGAGCUGGCGCUUGCGAGCCAGUUGGUUUCUAUUUGCGCGGCUGAGAAGGACGCUGUGCGGGUGUUGGCUGGUGUUUUGCUGGGGCGGUCGGUGGUUAUCCCCUCGGAUCGGAAACUUGGAGACUCGAUGAAUGACACCUUCGACAAAUGGGAUCCUGUGUUGCAGACGGUCACCGAAGACCAUCCUUCAUUUCUAAGGUACUUGGCCGAGGACUUGGUGAACCAUUUGGCCUUCUACAACGCCAAUCAUGACAAAGAGAACCCCUUCUCCGAGGCCCUCUUCCUAUGGCUGGUCCAUCUCUUGACUUCGCCGGCCUGGAAGCAUCAUAGACACCUGUGUCCCUCCAGCUAUCUUUUGCGGGUCUGCAAGGAACAACCACAAUACUGGACGAAGAUGCUGGGUAACCGACUACAGGAGGAAAAUGACAUUGCCAACCCAGCAUCCAGUAUUCCCUCGAUUGCUCUAAACCAGUCUUCAACGGGGACGACCUCCGACACCGCUUUUGCAUCCUCAGACACCUUACGCGCGCACGGAUGGGGCAUGUUGGAGAAAUGGGACAGCCGACCUCUGGGCAUAGUGUCCAGCCGGUAG